ACUCUUUACCUGGAGAUGUUUACCCCAGAGUCUUUACCUGGAGGUGUUUACCUCAGGAUAUUUACCUGGAGGUGUUUACCCCAGAGUCUUUACCUGUGGAGGUGUUUACCUCAGACUCUUUACCUGGAGAUGUUUACCCCAGAGUCUUUACCUGUGGAGGUGUUUACCUCAGACUCUUUACCUGGAGAUGUUUACCCCAGAGUCUUUACUUGUGGAGGUGUUUACCUCAGACUCUUUACCUGGAGAUGUUUACCCCAGAGUCUUUACCUGGAGGUGUUUACCUCAGGAUAUUUACCUGGAGGUGUUUACCCCAGAGUCUUUACCUGGAGAUGUUUACCCCAGAGUCUUUACCUGUGGAGGUGUUUACCUCAGACUCUUUACCUGGAGAUGUUUACCUCAGAGUCUUUACCUGUGGAGGUGUUUACCUCAGGAUAUUUACCUUGGAGAUUUUACCCCAGAGUCUUUACCUGUGGAGGUGUUUACCUCAGACUCUUUACCUGGAGAUGUUUACCCCAGAGUCUUUACCUGUGGAGGUGUUUACCUCAGGAUAUUUACCUGGAGAUGUUUACCCCAGAGUCUUUACCUGUGGAGGUGUUUACCUCAGACUCUUUACCUGGAGAUGUUUACCCCAGAGUCUUUACUUGUGGAGGUGUUUGCCUCAGACUCUUUACCUGGAGAUGUUUACCCCAGAGUCUUUACUUGUGGAGGUGUUUGCCUCAGACUCUUUACCUGGAGAUGUUUACCCCAGAGUCUUUACUUGUGGAGGUGUUUACCUCAGACUCUUUACCUGGAGAUGUUUACCCCAGAGUCUUUACCUGUGGAGGUGUUUACCUCAGGAUAUUUACCCUGGAUAUGUUUACCCCAGAGUCUUUACCUGUGGAGGUGUUUACCUCAGACUCUUUACCUGGAGAUGUUUACCCCAGAGUCUUUACCUGGAGGUGUUUACCUCAGGAUAUUUACCUGGAGGUGUUUACCCCAGAGUCUUUACCUGUGGAGGUGUUUACCUCAGACUCUUUACCUGGAGAUGUUUACCCCAGAGUCUUUACCUGGAGGUGUUUACCUCAGACUCUUUACCUGGAGAUGUUUACCCCAGAGUCUUUACUUGUGGAGGUGUUUACCUCAGACUCUUUACCUGGAGAUGUUUACCCCAGAGUCUUUACCUGGAGGUGUUUACCUCAGGAUAUUUACCUGGAGGUGUUUACCCCAGAGUCUUUACCUGGAGAUGUUUACCCCAGAGUCUUUACCUGGAGGUGUUUACCUCAGACUCUUUACCUGGAGUUGUUUACCCCAGAGUCUUUACCUGUGGACGUGUUUACCUCAGACUCUUUACCUGGAGAUGUUUACCUCAGAGUCUUUACCUGUGGAGGUGUUUACCUCAGACUCUUUACCUGGAGAUGUUUACCCCAGAGUCUUUACUUGUGGAGGUGUUUACCUCAGACUCUUUACCUGGAGGUGUUUACCCCAGAGUCUUUACCUGUGGAGGUGUUUACCUCAGGAUAUUUACCUGGAGAUGUUUAUCCCAGAGUCUUUACCUGUGGAGGUGUUUACCUCAGACUCUUUACCUGGAGAUGUUUACCCCAGAGUCUUUACUUGUGGAGGUGUUUACCUCAGACUCUUUACCUGGAGAUGUUUACCCCAGAGUCUUUACCUGUGGAGGUGUUUACCUCAGACUCUUUACCUGGAGAUGUUUACCCCAGAGUCUUUACCUGGAGGUGUUUACCUCAGGAUAUUUACCUUGGAGAUGUUUACCCCAGGAUCUUUACAUCCCAGACUCUUUACCUGGUAGUGUUUACCCCAGAAUCUUUACCCUGGAGGGGUUUAUCUUAGGGUCUUUACCCUGAGGUGU